CAGUUGGUACAACCACGACGCCACAUUUUCCGGCGUCUGGCUAUUACCAAGCACGCGUUUAUCAAACGUUGCUUACUAAUUUUUGAAAUCACAACACAAAAAUGUCGUACAAAGGACCACAAAAAGUUCAAAAGGUGAUGGUACAGCCCAUCAACCUUAUAUUUCGGUACCUGCAAAAUCGUUCGCGCGUGCAAGUAUGGUUAUUCGAAAACAUCAACCUACGAAUCGAAGGUCACAUCGUUGGAUUCGACGAAUAUAUGAAUUUAGUACUGGACGAUGCUGAGGAAUAUAAUCUGAAGACGAAGGCCAGAAAACCACUUGGACGAAUUAUGUUGAAAGGCGACAAUAUAACAUUAAUACAAAAUACAAAUCCAGGGGCAAAUUAAAUUGUUCAACUAUAACCUCAAGUUAUGACCCAGGACAAACAAGACAUAUUACCUUAUAACUUGUGCAAUUACGCACACUGGAAGUGACUUAAAAGGGUUUAAUGAAGAUGGAGUUAACAUUUUGCAAGUUGUACAAGUUGUGAUGCAUCUCUCGAUAUAGUUAAGAAGAACAAUGAUUAACUGAUAGUUACAAGUUGUAACUAAAAAUACUAUCGGGUUAAAGUGACGGUAUUGCUUUCUGUUGUGCAACGUAUUUGUUAUUGUAAUCUUGUAAUAGAAUUAUUUUUCAAAUAACUGAAUGAAAAAACUAUGCAAUAUAAGUCCCACUU